CGAAGGACUUGUCGCUACAAUCGGCCUCAGCAUUUAAUGCCUCCGAAAGGCCCCUGGGUCGUCUUCCUAUCAAAGGCUCCGAGGCGCGUCUUUUCAGCGGCAGCACAUUUCCAUUCGUCGAGCACAAUACCUCGUUAUUAUGCCUGAUAGCCUGUGAUUUAUGACAUGCCUGAUAAAAUCGGUAGGCUCUUACCAGAAGCAAACAUGCAAAUAAUAGGGCGUCAAUUUCCUGCAGAAACACAAUCCCCUUCCAUAAUUUACCACAGGGCGGCGCUCCAUCCCCCAUUUGAUUCGGUGUAACGAUGAAGGCGGAGCCAAAAGGCAAAACCGACCAAUCGGCGUCCUUCGUGGAUUAACCUUUUCCCGCACGACCAAUGGCGGCACGGGGGCGGAGCCUCGGGGGGCGGGACUUGACACCUCGGCAGCUUAUGGGGAACGCGCACCCGUGUUAUCAGAUCCGUUGCCGCUGGCGGGAGACGCGGUCAAGCUUGAUGUGAUCAGGCUUGCUUUGGUCCAGCUGGGACUAGCGUGUGAAAAGUGGUGAGGGGCUGACACCGCCUGCGAACUUUACAGGGGUUGGAUUACUUAGAAAUUUUUUACUCGCUUGACCUCCAAGAAGAUAUCAUCGCCAAGGCUGCUACGCUGUGUAAACAAUUGCUGCUAAAGGAUAGACAGACGCUUAACAGUGACGAUCUCGUUCCCAUUGAUUAACCAAAGAAGCCGCGUUGGAGUGAUGAUGUCCGGCAACACGGCGGCCAGCCUCCACAGCGGCCAAAGAGGCAAGAGCUUCGCCAUGGAGUACUUGCUUGGGGGCGGAGGCGGCGGCGGCGGCGGCGGGAAGGACGGCGGAGGUCCUGGUGGCGGGCCCCUGACGCCGCUGGGACUGAGUCUGCCACAUUUGUACAACACGUGCCUCCUGCCGCACCUGCCCGGCCUGCCCCCCCCGCUCCUGCCGUCGCUGCCGUAUCCCCCUCUGCACCACUACCCGCUGCCGCCAGCCCUCGCCGCGGGGCUGCAGGGAGCGCUGCCCCCGCCUCUCAUAGGCCUGACACCGCCGGCGCUCGGAGGCCGCCACCUGGGGGACCUGGGCAUAGGGCGCAGGGACGGCAUCGGCAUGGACACGCCGCACAGCCCCGGCUCGGCGGGGGACCACACCAACACGUCGGACUCGGACCACCACGACCACGACAAGUCAGACGACCUCGGCGAGGACUUGGAGAUCGACCCCGUGGAGAGCGACGAGGACGAGUCUAGCUCCCCAGCAGACAGGUCAUCUAGAACUGGCGAAGGGAGCGACGGACUCGGCGGCGCGGGCGUGGGCGGGGUCGGCAGCAAGUCCCGUCGGCGGCGCACGGCCUUCACGUCCGAACAGCUGAUGGAGCUCGAGCGGGAAUUCCAGACCAAGAAGUACCUGACCCUCAGCGAGCGCUCACACAUCGCCCAGACCUUGAACCUGUCCGAGGUGCAAGUGAAAAUCUGGUUCCAAAACCGACGCGCCAAGUGGAAGCGAGUGAAGGCCGGUCUGGUCUCCGGGUCAGCCGCUGGGGGCAAGAACAGCACGACGGGUCACAAGAUUAUCGUCCCUAUUCCUGUCCACGUGAACCGCCUGUCCAACCUGUCGCAGUCGCAGCAGAUGGAGAAGUCCAGCACGCCAGGAGUCCCUGCAGGAGGCACCGGCGGAGGCGGCAGCGGAGGAUCCACGCAGCUUCCCACGAUCAAGCCCAUUGAUCCCCAGUCCAGCAGCAUCCAGUCUCGGCGUUCUGCCUUCCAGGGCCUCCCGCAGUCGCUCCCUCAGUCCUUAUCCCAGGCCCUUCCUGUGUCCGUGCCCCAAAGCCUGCCGCAGUCCCUGCCUCAGUCCCUGUCGCAGUCCCUUCCUCAGUCCCUGCCGCAGUCGCUGCCUCGGCUCAGCCACGUCCCGUCCCUGGCCUUGUGAAGCCUGAGGCUGCGUGAGGCCGGACGCCCCCCGGACGUCACGGCGCGGCGGCGGUCGCGAGGCCUGGGCGCUCCUCCGCCAGCACUCCCUCUCGCGGCGGGCUGGCGUGUUGCUCGACGCGACGACGCCGGAUGAGCGAACGAAAUAAGCAAUUCACUUAUGCAAAUAAACCUCGAUCGGCGGCGGCCAAAUGGGAGGGCGCGACGAUCCAUUCUGCUGAAGAGCGUCCUAAAUCGACCGUAAAAAUAAUCGCCGAACAUGGACUGCAUAAAGCGUGAAGUAUUGACGCGGCCUCCGUGCGCUCUCCGUGGCGGGACGCUUCGGGGAUCUCGAACACGAUUUCCUCAUACGCCGAACCUCUUCCCUGAAUCGCCGAUGGAUCGAACCCCUUUUAUAGUUUGCCUAAAUUAAUCUUGAAUGCGAUACAAACCGGAAAAAAAUAAACACCGGCUCUGACAAAGUAGAGAUGAACCGUCCCGCCCCCCGUCGUCACAUGGUUCACGUGUUCCUACUGACAGCGGAACCGACCUUCUCGUAUAUUUACAAUUGGCUGGACGAACGAACGAACGAAAUUAAAAUCAAGUAUAUAGCUGCCGAGUUUACCAAAGAGAAAAAUAUUAUCCUAGUGUACAAUAUUUUGUACUCCCAUGAUAACUGAUAACAUCGAAACGGUCCCAUGAAAAAAAAAUAUUAUCUAGUGUACAAUAUUUACACUCCCAUGAUACACUGAUAAGAUCGAAACAAAGUCCCAUGAAAAAGGACUUUUAACUAAAAGGUCUUCUUAACUUUCGUCGUAUGAAAGAUAAAAUAAAACGUCAGAUAUUCAGACAUGCAUUUUCUAUUGAAGACCAUGUGUUGCCAGCGAGUUGUCAAGGAAAAUUUAAAAAACGAAAUAUAUUAUUUGUGUCAUACUAAGUCCCACUGCAAACCGACCGUGGAUUAUUUGCAUUUUGUUACGACAAUAUAUAAAGUGUUUGCUAGAAGAGGGGAGUGUCUUUGAAAAAAAAGAGAAAA